UCUACCUCAGCUGCAGCGAGUAGAGGGGUCCAGAAAGUCUGCCUCGCGCUCGUAUUCUUGCAGGCUGAAUCUCAAAUCGUUCCUACUCCCUAUACUUGCGCACUACAUACAUGAUGAAGUGCAGGACAGCGAGUAUGCAGUGGGCUGAAGGUAGUGAGGUAUUUGGGAUCGAGCCGCAGCGCCCAUCAUUCUCCUCAUUCUCGCACAGCUUUGUACGGCUGCUGAUGCUGAGCGGUUCUGCAGGGAUGGAUUUGGGAGAGUGAGUGUAAUAAGAAAGCGACGGUGGGUCGUCGAGAUUCGUGUUUGGUAUUCUCUCUGCCAGAAUAAUGAGGAAGAGACGGCAUUGGAAACCUCAGUUUCGUGUAUUUAAGCACUGGAUAAUUGAGAGUUGAGUUUGAGGACGUGUAGUAAGAUCUGAUCCAAUGGCGAAAAAAGGGCGUUCCAAGGGUGAAAAACCUGAAGCCAUCAUCUCUGCCUUACAAGCAGCCAAUGAAGAUCUCAGGUCCAAACUAACGGACAUUCAAAUUGAACUGCACCAGGAAAAAUGCAAGGUCAGCAAGUUGGAACGUGAUAAGACACAGGAGGCCAAGCGCAUCCGUGAGCAGGAGCAGCACCGGCACACUGCAGCUCUUACUGAACAGCGGGCACGCUGGCAUGAGGAGAAGCUGAAGGAGCUGGCAGCACUGCGCGAGUCACUGACGCGACAGCAUGAGCAGGAGCUAGGAAGAACUGCCAAGAUCAAGGAUGGUGAGAUCCAGAGGCUACGGUCUGCAUUAGCUGCAUUGCGUGAUGGCACUGGCGAGAAGGUUCGCACAGCACUGGCUCUGGAGGCACGUGACGAGGCACGGCGGUUUUUUGAGCAGGAACGUGCAAAGUUGCUAGGCGAGAUCGCUGAACUGAAGGCUGUAAAGCGUCACACAGAUGAGGCACUCAAUGCUGCCAUCCAGGCUGAUAAGACUAAGGCGGUUGAUCUGCGCUCUGAGCACCAGGCGCAUCAGGAACAGAUCACUAAGAUCAAGUGGGACUGCGAGCGUGACAUUCGGCGGCUGGUAGAUGAAAUCAAAGCGAAAGACAGGACAAUUUUCUCUUUGGAGAAAGAGCUGGAGACUACUACAGGUUUCCUGCAGCGGUUGCAGCUUCAGAAGGAUGCACUGGAUGAACAGCUUUUCCUUGUGAAGGAAGCAGAAUGUAACCUUGGAAGUCCAAAAAGAGAGAUCCCUGGAAGGGCUGGCGAUGGAGCAGAGCACUGUGGGAGCCCGGUAAGUACCUGCUCACCCCAUCCUAAUGCCCAGAUGGAAAUGAGGAGGAAUCAAAGACGCGUUGCUGAACUGAACUCCACGAUCCGAAAGCUGGAAGACCGUAACACACUUCUGCUGGAUGAAAGAAAUGAGCUACUAAAGCGAGUGCGGGAAGCAGAGAAACAAUGCAAGCCGAUGCUGGAUAAGAACAAGCUAUUGAGUAAGAAGAACGAUGAGUUGACUCAGUCUCUCCAGCGCAUGGAAGAGAAGCUGAAGGGCUUGACCAAAGAGAACCUGGAGAUGAAAGAGAAAAUGACUUCUCAUCCACCACUAAAGAAGCUGAAGUCUUUGAACGACUUGGACCAAGCUCAGGAUGAACAAGAGAUUGAGUUUCUGAAGUUGCAGGUUCUUGAGCAGCAGAGCAUGAUCGACGAUCUGACGAGAGAUAGAGAAAAACUUCUCAGGAAGAAGCGGCAUAAACGAAGCAGGCCUAUUAAGAGGCAUAUUGUUGUGGACACAUUCUAUGGAUACGACGAAGAGUCCGUGGACUCCGAGACCUCCUCCGUGGCCUCUUUGCGUAUGGAUCGUACUCCAGCCACACCAGAUGAAGAACUGGAUGAGGGUCUGGCCAAUGAGGAGUCUGAGCUGCGCUUCAGGCAGUUGACACGGGAGUACCAGGCCCUUCAGAGAGCCUACGCCCUGUUGCAGGAGCAGAAAGGUGGUGUUUUUGACGCUGAAAUGGAAGCCAAGGCUCAUGAGCAGCUCCAAGCUGAUGUGCAGAGGUAUAAAGCAAAAAUUGAAGACCUAGAGAAAGAGCUCGUGUCCAGAGGACAAGAUUCCAAAUGGGUAGAGGAGAAACAGCUGUUCCUCAAGCGCAAUCAAGAGUUCCUGGAGAAGAUGGAAAAGAUGGAUAAUGAAAAUUCCCGACUGCAGCAAGAGCUCCAGGACUCUAAAGACCAGAAUGAGCUGCUUGAGUUUCGCAUACUUGAACUAGAGGAGAGAGAGAGGAGAUCCCCACCCUUCACUCUUUCAAUUCACCCCUUCUCGGAGGGAAUAAGUGCCCUUCAGAUCUACUGUAUAAAGGAAGGAGUAAAGGAUGUGUGUAUACCGGAUCUCAUCAAAUUGUUAGAUAUUCUAGGAGAUAAUGGGAAUUUAAGGAAUGAAGAACAGGUGGCCAUUAUCCAAGCAAGUACUGUCCUGUCUCUGGCUGAGAAGUGGAUCCAGCAGAUUGAGGGCACAGAGGCAGCACUCCAUCAGAAGAUGAUGGACUUGGAGCUGGAGAUGGAGAUGUUCUGCAAGCAAAAAGGCUAUCUGGAGGAGGAGCUUGACUACAGAAAGCAGGCCCUUGAUCAGGCUUAUAUGCAAAUCCAGGAGCUGGAGGCAACCCUGUAUAAUGCACUGCAACAAGAUAAGGUGAUCAAAUACGGUGAGCCACUGAGUGAGCUGCAGAGAGAUGAGCUGCGCGCAGCUGUGGAGAAGCUACGACGCCAGAUGCUGAGAAAGAGCCGCGAGUACGACUGCCAGGUGCUGCAGGAGAGAAUGGAGCUCCUCCAUCAAGCCCACCAGAGAAUAAGAGACUUGGAGGAUAAGACAGAUAUUCAGAGAAGGCAAAUUAAGGAUCUAGAGGAGAAGUUUUUAUUUCUGUUCCUUUUCUUUUCUCUUGCCUUUAUUCUUUGGCCAUAAUGUCAGUGACAUCUGCUGCAGAGGUGAGUUGAAGCACAACAUUUUUCCUCUGAUGUCUCCCCAGAAUUUGACGCUCUUUGCAAUUAUUACCCAGCGUUCCCUAGUUCUUUUCAGCAUUUUAGUCAAAUUAAGUUAAAAUUAUAGAAGAAGCUGUGGUUGUGUAUGCACUUUGUACUAUAACAGAAUUAAAUUUACUUUAAUAAGAGUAUUAUCACACUCCAUACCACAUUUCAUCAAAUGAUCAUCUGUUCAGUUUAACACAGAGAUGUAUUGUUGGUAAACACUAUGUUCUGUUGUAAUAAAUUAAUUAAUUACAAAUAUGUUGGUAAUCUCAAUUUCUGCGUUUUUGGGUCUGGUUCUCGCAGGUGCUGCGGCAGCCUGAAAUCUUGGGAGCGACUGCAGUUUUCCACUUGUGAUGACUAAAACUGUACUACUGGCCAUUUUUUCUCUAUUGUUGUUGUGGGUGGGUAGAUGUUGGAAAUGUAGUGCUUGUUUAUACUAGCUGCAAUGGACUUGCCCUCCAAAGUAAGGAAGCUUUGGAUUACCUGGCAAAAUAACACAACCUGAAGUAACACGAACACUGUGUCAACAAACUGCAGGUAAACCAAACCAAGAUGAGGAGGAUUAUACAGUUUAUCUCUGCCAUGCAGGGGAUUUCCCAUUCCACCUGCCGAUCGCAUCUUUCACACCAGAAACUCCAUCUUUCAUCAGACUCUCAGUUAGAACCUGUCAGCUCUCUCAUGUACACUCUCAUGUUUUUUCUUCCUGCCCACACAAACAUGCAUAAGAACGCCUAAUGUGAAUGGACACUGUUAUUCACACUCGCGCACACCCAGGAGUUACAACACCUGACUCAGGUCUUCGUUGUCUGAACUCCUAAGAACAGAUUUGUCUCACACUGCCUGAAAAGGGAAUGGCAAAAAGAAAGAGAUCAAAAACACUGCAUUCACUGAGAACAUAUUCCUCAGUCUAAUCAGUCCGGCUCCUCAGAAACCAGUUCACUUCAAAAUAUUGGUGAAACUGAGUGAAAUUCCAACUAGGACUACUGUUUACUUAUUGCGCCCAUAUGUAUGUAUAUAUACAACCCCUGGCAAAAAAAAAAACGGAAUCACCAAACUAAACAAAUCACAGAUCACUUAAAUGAAAUCACUCAAACAAGUUCAAUGAAAUGAUUUUCAUUAAUGGCAUAUUAAGUAGACUUGAUCUGGAAAUCUGAAAAUAUGCCAUUAAUGAAAGCAGUUGAAAUUGUUUGAGGUGUGUUUCAUGAAGCCAGAAUGUUUAGCUGUUAAUCAAAAAUUGUUUUGUGUCAUAAAGCCUCCUCUAAGGGUGCUGAUUCCAUAAUGUUUUGCCAGGGGCUUUGUGUGUGUGUGUGUGUGUGUGUGUGUGUGUGUGUGUGUGUGUGUAUAUAUCACUAUUUCCCUGACAAUAAUCAAAAGUGUAUUAUUAAAAAUGAUCAUUAUUUAUCACUUGAUAUAAUUUGUUGAUAUGUACAUUUGUUAGAAUAUUUUCUUCUAGCUCUCCUUCCCACUGUGAAUACCCCCCUUUCUCUACAGCUUGAGCAGUAGCAUCUCUCAGCAGUUUAUUAUUUAUUGACUGAUUGUUGUAGUGAUAGCUGCAAAUGAAAUGCAGUCAUUUCACCUCAUUUCAUUUCUCCUGGAUCUGCUACCUUGGCAGAGGUUUUUCUUCCGCCCCACCCGUAAUGGGAACCCAUCUUUUUUACUCUUUUAGAGAGGAAUAACAUUAACCUACAGGCAGAAGCUUCUUCAGCUGACUUGUAUGGAAUGACCUGUUCCAGCUACCCUUGAAGUUUGUUGUAGUGUGCUUGUAAAUAUGUUUCUGAACAUUGGACACCUGUACUGGGAUUAAUUAAAAUCUAAAUACCUCUUCAGCAGUGAUGCAGCAUCUCUUUUACAGUUCCCCUUUAAAUCUGAGUAAUACAACUUUGUCUCCAAAACAUUAACGUAUGUCUAAAGAUUCAAGACUCCGUUUAUAAUGCAAGACUAUCGGCAGUUCUUUUGCUCUUGAAGAUACGCAUCGUGUUAAACUUCUUCGCCCCUUUAAGGGUGCAUUGUGUUAAUUGCAUCUUCAUUUUGUAUUAAUUGUUACCUCUCAGUCAUUUUGCCAGAAUAAGUUUAUAUGAUAACAUUUUCAUUAAACAUAAUUUAACACGCUCAUGAUGUCUUUUGGAACCCUCUUCAUCUUGGUAAUUUAGGAGAAUUGCCUUAAACAUUGAACAUGUCUGCUAAUUUACCGAUUUAAAUAAAUAACACGCAGCAAAUUAUAGUGAGCAUUAUGAGUGUAGUGAAUUUGAUCUGAUGUAGGGUUCUGUCUUCACCAUAAACAAAUUCAAUCGCCAGCUCUUUUACA